ACAAAUAAGUUGAUUUUUUGUUUACGUCUGGCAUUGAUCAUUAGCGGAAUUGCGAUGGAGAACCCCCUAUUUGGAACCGCUCAUCUGUUGGAUGAAGUAGAUAAGAAACUGAUGGUGCUUUUGCGAGACGGUAGAACACUUAUCGGCUACCUCAGAAGCGUUGAUCAAUUUGCCAAUCUAGUGCUGCACCGAACCAUCGAAAGGAUACACGUUGGUAACGAGUAUGGGGACAUCCAGCGUGGAGUGUUUAUUAUACGCGGAGAGAACGUGGUGCUGUUAGGAGAAAUUGACCGCGAAAAAGAGAAUAAUCAUCCACUUCAGGAAAUAUCUGUCGACGAUAUCCUGGACGCACAGCGAAGGGAACAGGAAGCAAAACAGGAGAAGCACCGAUUAAUUUCGAAAGCUUUGAAGGAGCGAGGCUUAAAUAUGAACCCAGAACUUACCCAAGACGAGUUUUGAACGCAAAAAAAUACGCACAAAAUUAUGUUUUCUCUUUCAGAGGGCUAUUGUAUUUGUCUUAUCAUUUUUCGCAAAAUUUGCUGUUCUUAAAAUCUGUGGUUCUAGUUUUAAGAAACAAUAAAAUAAUCGUACUCUAUUUGAUUAACUGCAAUAA